AUGGCUCAAAGAGGUACGGGUGCAUGCCAUUUCAUGACGAAGAACAAAAUAACUAAGUAUAAACUGCUAGUAGAUAGCACCGAGGUCCUCGAAAGAGCCGCUGUAGGAUUUGAACUUUCUCUUUUUCUGAGCGCUGUGAACUGUGAGGUCUUCAAUGGCGGAAUUGAAACUCACAGCAUUGCGAAGGGGGUAUCAUUCCUGGCCGUUUCGUUGAAACAUGCAGGGCGGAUUCUCCAGGAGCCUGACCCCAUUUACUCUGCGCAAGCUGGAAACACCAUCAGGGAAAUCUCGCAUCAGAGUGCUGCAGUAUUUGACGAACUCAAGUCAAUGCUGAACAAUGUUCAGGCUUGUGACAAUGGCUCAUCCAGUAAUGAGACUUUACGAGACCAUUUUCUACGUUGUUUCAAGAAGCACCGUGUCACAUACCUCAUAGCCUACAUGGAGUCACUCAGCCUUAGCCUUAUGGCUAUAGGGCAAAUAAUAACGCUAGGGAAAUUAUUAGCUUCAAAGAGGUAUAUGGAGCAGGACCUUGCUACAGCUUUAAUUGAACAAGAACGCGCUGAGAUUCAGAACAUGCUUAUCAUUCGAUGCUGGUCCUUGAAUAGAAUAGACAGGUUCUAUAAUCUUGCUCGUCGAGAAGCAGAAGAAGGGACCAUAUCUUGUACAGGCAGCCCCGCUACUGAUCCAUUUAUACCCGAAUAUCAGCGUAAUGCUUUCAGGAAACUCCGUGCUAUCUCAUUUGGAGGUGUCGAUACCGCCCUAAAGCAAAUAAAGAAGACGCCCAAGGAUAUGGUUCAGGUAUCUGCUGAGGCAAUUGACCCUUUAUUACAGCUAUGGGUGCGGCAAAAAGAGGUCUCAUGGAAUCCAAGCUCAUACCUACACCAUGAAAAUUGCUUCGAGCUACCCUGUGGUCUUGCUACCCCUGGGUCUGUGGAUGCGGAGACUACAGAAAACUCGGAGCAACCAUCUCAAAGAGCUAGAAUAUAUGCUGAUGAUCUUCGGCAAAGCAAUGCCAAAUAUUGGGCUACUGUUCAGACCGAUUCGGAGAAUGAGCCUGAGGGCGAUGAAGGCUUACCAAAAAACGUUGCCGAUCCGUCAUCCUCAUCUCCUCAUAAUUGUCCUUCCGCAAAUGAUAGUAACGCUCGUGGGCGUUCCAACUUACAAGGGGACGUCAGCUAUAUUACACCCCACGCUCAUCCCAGCCCACAGGCGGAGAACCAAGGCAACGUCAGGUUGCAAACAUUUGCUCCUCAAAGGACUAGCACCGGACCUUUUGAUAACCGCGAUACAUACAAGAUACCAGUGCAUGAUUUUAAAGGCUCCUCUCCAAACUUACCCUCAAAUACGGACACAUGGAAGAUACCAUAUAAUGUAAACCAACCACCAGAGCAACAUCCUAGAAGGCCUAAUUAUCCACCAACCGCUACAUCAUACUUUUAUCCAAAUUGCUACCCAAACUACCCGAUAAACCCACCUUGUCGAUCCAACAGCUAUCCACCUGGGCCGUACCCCCGCCAGCAUGCCCGCUCAUAUCUCCGCGACUCUCAGACACCUUUACACAUGGCCCAAACCCCGUCAAGAACAACAUCUCAUGCUGCUCCGUCUAACUAUGAUGCCCGUGUCUGUCGUUCUAAGCCCCGUGUUUCUUUUGUGGAAGACCAAUACUCCGAUUCUUCAAGUAGUGAGACAGACAGAGAUAGGUUACGGAGAGGGGCUAGAAUGAAGGAACGGAGAAGGCAACGAGCAAACGGGCGGGAUAAAAGGUCCAAUUCUCGGACAAAGAGCUUGAGACGAUCGACGUUGCACGGCGUUUUGGGUGCAGGAGCUAUCACGGCGUUCCUUCAAGCAUUGGAAGGGCUCUCGCCGGGAGAUUGGUCUCUUUUCAUGAAAUACUGA